AUGCCUCGUAUGUUAUUUGCAAACUUACUAUAUAUAACUAUAAAUAAUUUUUCUUUACAGGUACCAAGGUGAUGAAGGUAUGGAUACGGAUAUUCCCACUCUUUUGGAAGCUAAACUUUUUAAUACAACCCUUGGAAAAUUUAUCUGGGUUUGUCUACAACCGUUUUUUUACAUCUUUCGGCCAUUAAUAACAAAUCCAAAGCCACCAACUACACUCGAAAUUGUCAAUACUGUUAUUCAAAUAAUAUUUAACUUACUUGUUGUUUAUUUCUUCGGUUGGAAAGCACUGGCUUAUUUAGUUAUUGGAUCAGUACUAGCUAUGGGACUACAUCCGGUAGCCGGACAUUUCAUUUCAGAGCAUUAUAUGUUUGCCAAGGGUUUUGAAACUUAUUCGUAUUAUGGGCCUCUUAAUUGGAUUACAUUUAAUGUGGGGUAUCAUAACGAGCAUCACGACUUCCCUGCUGUUCCAGGCUCGAGGUUACCAGAAGUAAAACGUAUCGCUCCAGAAUUUUACGAGACAAUGCCACAACAUACAAGUUGGUCUCGAGUACUUUAUGAUUUUGUUACGGAUCCUACGGUAGGGCCAUAUGCGCGUGUAAAACGACACAAGCGUGGACUUAAGAAUUAAAUUAAACGUUUGGAAAAAAAAGUUAUAGUAUAUCGUUGUCCUCACUGUAAAAGUUUCUAAGCGACUUUUCCAAUUUUACUUUUAAACCCCCAGUCCAAAAUUAAAAAAAAGGCCAGACUUGAUACUCUUUCAACAGUCAGGCAGGGACUUCCACAUGUUAUACAUGUAAAUUUUGUAAAUUUUUGCUCCCGCUACGACAUAUUUCAUUGGUAAUUUAGGACUAUUUCCAAUGAUGCCACGACAUUAGGAUCAAUUACCUGACGUUACACAAUCAAUUUUCCUCUUUCAAUUUGAAAUACUUUCUUUUCACUAACUACUCUUAUAUAACUAGAUACUUGAUUGGCUAAUUGGCUUUCAAUUUGUUUUCAAUUUUGAUAAACUGUUCAGCAUUGGCAAGUGAACUUCGGUGUAAGCAAAAUAUUACUCUUAAAAGUUAAUUUGUAGUGGAAAAGAAAAUAAAAGGUGAAGAAGUUUUCUAUUUAAUUUGAAAAUGUUGUGGAAAACUGAUUUGUUCUAGAAAAACAGUGUGCAGAUCCGCAAUCUACGACCCAAAAUUAAGUUUACGUGUCGGCGUCUUUUGUGUUACUUCAAUACUUGAGAUUUUCCUUACAAUAUACUUUGAUUUAAAACCUCACCAGUCGGAAUUUAGGCCAGGUUGUUCACAGACAACCUUAUAUCCUAAGGCUGGCAAUAAGAUUUUUUGAUAAAAUAUUUAUUAAAGCGGAUUCAUCGUUUUAGUUCAGAACUUUUCUUCCAUGUAGUUUUUGCGUUUCUUUCACAAAGAGAGAAAUAUAACAAUAACCACAUGGAAUAAAAAGUUCUGAAAUAGAACCAUGAAUCCCCCUUUAAACAUAUGAGUGAAAAUUACUAGUAUUACGUACCUGUUCAUACCUGCCAACCCGAUAGGUAGGCCAAGGAAAAAGUAAACAACUGAACCAAGGCGAAUUUAUAUAAGGUGGUGUUGUUUCAUCAGCUGUGAGUAGCGUUUGA